AUGCUUGUUGGAGAAGCCGAGCAUUGGUGGAGGGGUACCCAUCAUAUGCUGACUACCAGAGGGGUGGUUAUGGACUGGGAGUGCUUCAGAAGGAUGUUCUUGGAAAAGUAUUUCCCUGAGUGUGUGAGACAUGCCAAGGAAGUUGAGUUCAUGCGCUUACACCAAGGAGGGAUGACUGUUUCUGAAUAUGCGCUGAAAUUCGAGCACCUAGCUCGUUUUUAUUCGCAAGCCAUAGCUGAGGCUUGGAAGUGUCGGAAGUUUGCUGAGGGUCUGAAAUAUGAUUUGAAGAGGGUGGUGGUGCCUAUGGCCAUCACGGAGUUUCCAGCCUUAGUGGAGAAGGCAAAGGUUGUUGAGCGAUUGGAAGGUGGUAACCGCGGGGUGAAGACUGUUGAAGGGCCAUCCGGGUCCAAGAAAGGAGGGAACCAAAGGAAGUCGCCACAAUGGGCAUUUUACCACAACACAUUGCCUUCUGAGUGA